CCGUGACGGAAAACAUCUGCUUCCGGUGACUGGAAGGUGCUAACUAGCUGCCCAGCCGCUUAUGUCUGUGACUGUGUCCGCAGUCUCCGACGCUCCUGUGGCUUCAGUGUCUCACGUAACACACCCAGGUCACAGUAACACACCUGACACGCCACGAGGCCAGUGAGGUCAGUAGAAGUUAACUCCUCUGUCCACCCUGGCGUUUCCUUGUUUCGAUGGCAUUUAUCUCCCGAAGCAAGAAAAUGAGUUCGUGCAUCUGGUCAUGGACGAUCUGGAAACAUACCAACAGAAGAGCAGCCGCGACAGUGUGCUCCUGUUCCCGUGUCUACCGAGCAGACUGCGGUACCUGAUUCACAAGACCAUAGAAGAACUGCCAGAGCUCACCACCUUCUCGGUGGGAGAAAGCUGGUGUCGCAGGGUGGCGGUCCUCCACUCUGAGCUCAGGGGUGAGUUUGAGGAAGACGGUGACUUGGAGAGCAACAACAGCUUGUGUGAAGAGGCUGUAAGAUGUAGGGAGGAGAUGGACGGCCUUGCUAAGCCUAAACCUUCAAUACCAUCACGAAGCCGAGGGCUUAAGAGGCCAGACAAACCUCUUUACAUGCCACGAGCUGCUCGGGAGAGGCUGUCCCUGCAAAACUCAGAAGGACCCGCAAUGCAUGAAGAGUCGCCAAGCCCUGCCUCUCGCAGCUGCAGCUGCAUCACCAGUUCACCUGACUCUCGCUCCUCCAACGAAACUACAGAAGACACUAAGCCCUCAUCCACAUCCAGACAAGAAUCAUUCCCCAGUGUGGCGGACGCUAUCCCCAACCACAGAGAAGACAGUUCAGCACUUUGUCCUCUGGGUGAGAAACAAAAGAUGGUGCUGGAGUCGCAUGAGGCCGAGCCCCUUGUCUGGGAGCAGACUGUGUCUUGCUUCACUGACAUGACCCUGGAGGAUGACGUAAAGGACAAAGACGACCUUACUAAUGUGUCAUGCAGCGCCCAGAUAGAAGACACCAGCACAGAUGCUGAUGAUGUAACUGAAGAGAUCAAGGCACAUCUGAAAGAGGCCGUGUCUUUUUCCAUCGAGCUCGUCCACAACGACUACUCUAUUUAUGAGAAUGUUUGCGUCAACCAAGACGAGUUUCGUCACGUGAUCGAGAUCUAUGACUUCCCGCCUAUUUUCAAAACGGAUGACCUGCUGGAUGCCUUCACAGACUACAGUGAUGGUGGAAUGAAGAUCAAGUGGGUGGACAACACACACGCCCUUGGGGUUUUUUCCAAUGAGUCAGAAGCUCUCCAAGCCCUCUCCAUCUGCCACCCACUGCUGAAGGCACGAGCACUGGCUGAAGGGAGUAAAAAAGCCAAAGGCAAAGCCCUUCGACGAGCAGAGUUUAUCCAGCCAGUGAAGGAACGUCCCAGGACCGACAGUGCUGUCGCCAAGCGGAUGGUGACCAGAGCUCUGGGGCUGCAGGGACGGGGCAGAGUGCCGCGGUACUGAAGAGAAGUGCUUACACCGUCGGCAUGUACAGAAAGGUCCAGCAGAUGUCGGCUGCUGAAGAGGCUCGACAGUGAUCACAACCCGCUGACGUCCUGAGUAUGACUACCGUCCACCACCGUAUGUCCGCUUCAGUGCCCCGCAUCACCAACAUCCGCCCUGCUCAAGGGCCAGUGAGAAUGAAACUGAAUCAACCUGACCCCUGACCCUUGGACAUUAUUGUAGUGUUUCCUGUCGUUCACUGCUCACUAACAACAAGACGAUGAUGGAUCAGCGUUGAAGAACCAAUGAAGUAUGAAAUAGUCCAGAUUUCAAGCAACUGACAAGACACUUGAGAUGCUCCAACACUUGUUCUGAUUUGAUUGCAUGUGUGUUUCCAGGCAGUGUUGUUUUUUUUUGUUUACUUCUGGCCCAGGUCAUCCAGGAUUGGUCACAUUAUUCUGUACAAGUAGCAAUUCUUGUCUAACUUCAUGUCGAAUUUCUCCACAGAUUAAUUCUCAGGAUUGGUUGAAGAAAUCUAUCACGUUGUGUGCUGCAGUUACAUAUUUUUUUUUAUGACAAAUGUAAUGUAGAUUCGUCAAUGGGAGCAGAUCAGUGAUAAAAACACGUAAUAAUUGUUUCCAAAAGUCAGUAUUUAAGAGAAAAACUUAUUUAACAAGCAACGUUAUACUGGACUUCUAAUUUUUUAGUUCAUUUUAAAAUGUUUUAUUUUUGUAUACAACUUAUAAGAUGUUCAGUUCUUGAUAUUUUUUUUAUUCAUCUAAAUAGAAAAAAAAACCAACCUACCUUGGUAUUGUUGCCUCAGAUGCAAAGAGUUGACGCUGUUUCUUACACCAUGUAACUGAUUUAAUAAGUUUCUAACUGGUAAGUUUGUCAAUUGGAAGCUUGAAUGUUCAGCCCUCUGUUGAUGUUUCUGUAAUGAUUAUUUAACUAAUUUUUCCACUGACUCAACAUUCAUCUUCUGCGAGGGGUGUACAUACAUGCUUUUUGUUUGUAUUUAGUAAAAGAAGGGUGUUAUUUUUUUUUCAAAUUGAAACGGGCCGUUUCCCUGAAAUGAUCUUUUGUGUCUGAUUUGAGUUUGACAGGACUUUGCAUCACUAUGGCAGUUACUUAUUGUCUCUUAUUGUGGAAUUUCAGGGAAGAGAAGACUUGAUUGUAGCAUUAAAUGCGGCACAAUUUCCUUGAAACUAUGAAAACUAUACAUUGUUUUAACUUAAUAUAUUGUACAGACGAUGUUUCGGUGUUGUAAAAUAAACAUACACGUUCACCAAGCACUUUAUGAGGAA